CUGUUCUGGAAGGAGGAGAUGGAGCUCACGCUGGUCGGGCUGCAGUACUCGGGCAAGACCACCUUCGUGAACGUGAUCGCGAUCCUAAAAGUACAAGCUGACUUUCCUUCUAACAAGACUUCCCAAGAACAACCACCCCUGGGGGCUGCAGUGGGCGCCCCAGCAUCAGGGUGACCCUGUGUUCCCAGACCCUCUGGGGCCACCACAGUGGCGUUUCUGCCCACCUGCGUGUCGUCACAAUCGCGUGUCUUUCAGAAAGAAACCAAGAGUCGGGACCCCUGGACCCUGCCCCCGUGCCCACCUCUGACUCCACAUCACCUUUGCCUGCCCAUUUGGCCCCUGUUUGUCUCAGCUUUUCCCUCAUUUGGCUUUUUCUCCUCACUCUGUGAGGUUGGACUGUAAAUAGAAAUUGACUUUAUGUGUCUGGCUGCUCCUCAGGCUAAUUAAGCCGGAAAGAAAUUAUAUAGAGACUUUACAGUGCUUCUAAGAAUGGAAACUGAUCUUUUGACUUCUGAAGAAGUUGUGAUGCUAGAAAGGAGAUGUUUUUCCUGAGGGAAGCAAGAGGACCAUUUUCAAAUAUUUAAAAGUGUAAAGGACUGUCCUAUGGAAGAGCUAGUCUUGGGGUACCCAGGGGUGAAAGUUAUAGGAAGUUGGACUUUUGACUCAUUGUGAAGGACUUUUAGAGAGUUGGAGCUGACCAAGAGGGCGUGAGCCAGAGGGCAUUCAAGUAUUCAAGUCUGACACGAGAGGUUGGCCCGGAUGACUUAGGGUUACUUGUGACCUUAAAUGAGGAGCUUGUGAUGGGGGGCAUUAGCAGAGAGAUGAAGUCAUAAGCUGGUUCCAGUUUAGCUCUGACUCACAGCUGCACUGGGACCACUGGGACCCAGAGCCUGGCUCCCUGAAUGUCCUCAUGCGUCCCCCUUGGGCCAAGAUCACAGCUGCUAGGCUGGGCUUUUUGUUCAUGCGGGAGCCAAGAGCAGUGGAGGUUCCUCACGCUGCGUCGAGAUCAUUUCCAGGCACUCUGAGAGCCUAAUCCACCAGUCUCCAGGAAGCCAGAGCCCUUCUCCCCAUUUCACAGAAGAAGCCUGAGGCCCAGAGAGGUCAAAAUGUCUUGUUCCAUCUCCUCCACAAUGGGGACGACAAGAACUGGGUUUCCGUCCUCAGACUCUGUGUCCCUGAGCAGCCGCCGGGGCCGAGGUGGACUUCAUCCAGCAGGGCCCCACCCCCGCCCGGCCCCUGCCACAUCUGGGUGUUGAGACCGCGGGUGGUCCUGCCUGCUUGGCCAGGAGAGGAGCAGUCCUCCCUGGGGACUCUCCCUUUUCUUCAGGGACUCCUAACUUUUAGGGGCUCUUGGACCAUUUGGUAUCUGAUAAAAUUAGAGACGCUUUCCCCAGAGAAAUGUACGUGCAGACAAAACCUGGCCAUACACAUUGUGUGCAAUUGCAGGGGGUCCCAGGACUCUCUGAGCUCAUCUGUGGCCCGCAGAUUAGGAACCCUUCUCCGCCCUGUCAUGAGCGUCAGUUGUAGGUCCUCAGUUCUCACCUCCGAGGGCCUUGGUGACUGAGUUUGGGGGAUUCCUGCAGAUAAAAGAGAUCACUCACUCAUUCAGAUGGGACCUCGGGGUCUUCCUCCAGACUUACAGGCUCUGAAUGGGAGGCCAUCAUCUCCCACCCCUUGGCCAAUAGCCAGAGCCCCUGACAUCUUUAUGUGAACUGAGGCAAAUUCUUCCUCCCACCUGGAAGAAGCAAAUGGCAGGCAAAGGAACAGUGUUGUCCCCUCAGGGUCAGGUUAGGGAAGCCCCAUCUCUAGCCUGGUCUGGGGGUGAGCAGAAGUGUCCUUCAUGUGAACAUGCAAUGACCUUGGGAGGACCUUGGUCUGGCCUUAUUUGAGGGCUGUGACUAGUCCAGAACAAUCUAGAGAUCUUGGAGACAAUUUAGAGGGGAGAAAUAAAAAUUAUCAGGAUUUGAAGAUGGCCUAUGGGAAGUGGAGUUACAGUCAACUCCUAGUUAUUCAGCAAACAUGUACGAAUGUUAAUAUAGACACGUUCCUCUCUGGAAGAAGUUCUCCAUCUGUUGGGAGACACAAAAGUCAACAGAUCAUACGGACUGUGGAUUAUCCAUCCUAACAAAUGGAGUGUAGACAAAUGAGCCCAAAUCGCGGAUAAUCCUGAAAUUGCUUGCGUGCACUGCAUUUUGGGGUGGCCGAUUUACCUUCCCAAAAAUUUUGAGUUGAAUGUUUACUGCCAGUUUGAAAGUCCAUUUGCUCCCCUUGAGGUCCCCUUGGCUGUUUCCUGGGGCUGCGUGGGUUCCUCUGCUGGGGGUAGACUGCUCUUCUGCUCCACUGGAGUCUAAAGAUGGUAAAGAGGAUUCUGUUCCAGGAGAGACACAGUCAGGACAGUUCAACGAGGACAUGAUCCCCACUGUGGGUUUCAACAUGCGCAAGAUCACCAAAGGGAAUGUGACCAUCAAGCUCUGGGACAUUGGGGGCCAGCCCCGAUUCCGCAGCAUGUGGGAGCGCUACUGCCGAGGAGUGAGCGCCAUCGUGUACAUGGUGGACGCCGCUGACCAGGAGAAGAUCGAGGCCUCCAAGAAUGAGCUCCACAACCUGCUGGACAAACCCCAGCUGCAGGGCAUCCCGGUCUUAGUCCUGGGUAACAAGCGGGACCUCCCGGGAGCAUUGGACGAGAAGGAGCUGAUUGAGAAAAUGAAUCUGUCUGCCAUCCAGGACCGGGAGAUCUGCUGCUACUCCAUCUCCUGCAAAGAGAAGGACAACAUUGACAUCACCCUACAGUGGCUUAUUCAACACUCAAAGUCGCGGAGAAGCUGAGGCUGCGGCCCUCUCCCUGGGACCAGGACCACAUCCUCCAGACCUGACGCCGAGCUCCCCGCCCACCCCGCCAUCCCCCCUGAGCCCUCCCCUCCUCACUGGGUGUGGGGAGGGGCCUCUGGGGAUCCCAGAGUCCUGUUCUGCUGAGGUUGGAACUCCUGAUUUUAUUGUAAAAUAAACCGAUCCCAUUCUGGUCCCUAACCUCACCCUCCCCGCCUCCUCCCCAGCCGCCCUGCUUCCCUCCCUCAGCAGCCCUGGCCCCACAGCCCUUGCCCCUCCCUGGCCUGCUCCUCAAUUGACCCUUCCCAGCACUCUUCUAUUACUGUCUGUGUGUACAGUAUAUAUAUGUAUAUAUAUUUUAAUUUUUAAUUUAAGCAAAGACUAAAAUCAACCAUUUGAUGCUGCAGGGGCCAGUCAGGAUCUGGGGGGGUGGUCUGGAGAGAAGGAAAGAAACGCGAGUUGGCUUGGGGCAGGUUCAGACCAGGAAGGGUGAAGGCUGGCGCCUGGGACAGGAGCCAGCCUGGGCACUGGUGGCCGUCCCCAUGUCUGCCUGUGUCUGCUCCCAGUCUGGCUUGUCUCUGCAGCGCUUGAAUGUCAUGGGCUGAUGGGAGCCUCCAGAGGCACCCUCUCAGCCCCCAUCUCUGCAGGCCACCAGGCACGACUAGGAGCCAGAGACCAGUGGCCGAAGGGGCAGGAGGCCAGCGUGCCCCAACCCUGGCUCCCGGCCCCCACCCCUCCCAGGCCCCCCGAUGGGCCGUGUCAUUCUCUGUGCUCGUUUUGCAGAGCUGCACAAGGAGAGCACUCAGCAGGGGCUGGUCCUUGGGUUUUGUUUUCUGUUGUUCGUUUAUUUAAUGAUUUGUAAAGUGACGUUCCUCUUCCUUUUUUACACUUUUCAGCUCAUACUUAACCUCUGUUUGGAAGAUGAUUCUUGUAACUGUACAUUUUUUUGCCUCCUAAUAACAAUGACAAGAAUAAAUUACCGAUUUUGUGUUGG